AUGCGGCAUUCUCCCACGACGCCGGAGCCCUCGGGCCGGCUUGGCAGCGACGACCAUCCUGUUGGCGAAGUAACCGACCCGGGGCAACAGCAAGCUGCACCGGCACGGCAAGGCUCGGUCGAGUUCACCGACUUGGACCUGCUGGCCUCUAGGCUCGAGCUCGAGGGGGCUCACUACGACGAGCUCGCUGCCAUCGCGGAAUUCAUCGGUCCGGCCAAGGAGACGCGCGCAUCUGCCGAAGACCUCGCCAACGUGGGUGUUGGUGUGGUCGAGCUGCUGAGCAGGCGGGUGAACAAGGAGGGCAAGGUCAAGCAGAAGCUCGGAGUCGCCGGCAUCCGCGUGGAGAAGUGCGGCAUCUGCCUUGCGCAGUUCCGAGAUGCGCAGAGAGCCUGCAUCUUCCCUUGCCUGCACAUCUUCCAUGAAGCGUGCGCGACGAUGCUGCUCCGCAACGCUCGCACGUGUCCGGCGUGCCGACAGCCGAUCGGCGCCUCUUGA